AUUCAUGCUGUUACUGGCAGUUCGCUAUCGAUUUGGAACAAAAUAAGGAUGACUGUUUUGGAAAGUGUGUACAAUUAAAAUUGAAAAAUAAAGAGAAAAUCCCGUCGACAAUAAACAGACGCAAAGCAAGACUCGAUGUGACAUUAUUUUAAGUGUAUUAGGGACUUGCGUUAAUUGAAGUUGGGUAAGUUGCAUAUGGGCAACGCCCUGGAGAGAACGUUAGAUUAGAUCCAUCCGGUAUCAAAGAUUGAGCGGUGACAUCAUCUGUGAAAAUCGCAUUGGGUAGGACUGUCUUGUUAAAUUUUGGAAUCGGGUGUGCGAGGCAAAUAUGAGUCAAGAAAUGGAAUGAUUUCCGAUAUAGUUAACUAAGUGAAGUAGGUUCAACGUAACAAUUCGUGAAAGGGUUGUAGAGCUGGUAAACGAGAGAGCGGACACUACAUGAAAACGUAAAGUAGCAAAAAUCCACAGCGCAAACUCAUUAUUUGUAUUGCUGGCUGUUUCUUGCUUACGGAGUAACAUAUCUCUAUUGCUUUUGACGCUCGGGGUUAAGUAGUUUUGUACACCACUGUCAUUCGGCAGUCGCCAUUAUUAAUUCUGGUACGAUAUUGGACGGGCGUAGUGAUUUUCUCGAAUUUGUGGAAGUAGGAAAAAGGAGUCAAAAGCACAACGGAAGCAUUUUGGUGAAAAAAAAGACAGUAAUCGUUGGAUGCAAUUUGCACCUGCUUUCGUGAACUAUAAACGAUUUUUUCGUCGGGGUGGUCUCAGAGUUUUCGCCUUGUCAUAUUUUAGGAGUACAUUUCUGAGUGAUUCAGAAGGAUAAAGUGCACCAGCAUAAACAUUCGUGUUCUUCCGAAGUGCACUGAUAUUGACUAAAAAUAUAAAAAAUAAUAUAUUCUUUCACUCCACUAAUUGGAAUAUAUUUUGAGUAUCAUCGAAAAUAAAAAAAAAAUACGGAAUAAUGACGACAGAUAUUUCAGUGGUACGCUGGGAUCCUAGCCAAGGUCCUGGAGCCGAAAUAAUUGACGAAUACGAAUACGAUGGAGGUAACUCGAGUUCCCGAUUGUUCGAACGAUCACGUAUAAAAGCUUUGGCUGAAGAACGUGAAUCUGUACAAAAAAAAACUUUUACGAAAUGGGUAAAUUCUCAUUUGGUUCGGGUAAAUUGCCGCAUACAAGAUCUUUAUGUUGACAUGAGAGACGGAAAAAAUUUAAUACGAUUAUUAGAGGUCUUAUCUGGCGAGAGAUUGCCCAAACCUACGAAAGGAAAAAUGAGGAUUCAUUGCUUGGAAAAUGUGGAUAAAGCAUUACAAUUUCUACGCGAACAAAGAGUGCAUUUAGAAAAUAUUGGUUCACACGAUAUUGUUGAUGGCAAUGCGUCUUUAAAUUUAGGUUUAAUUUGGACGAUUAUCCUCAGAUUUCAGAUACAAGAUAUUACAAUUGAGGAAGUGGACAAUAAAGAAACGAAAUCAGCCAAGGAUGCGCUUUUGUUAUGGUGUCAGAUGAAGACAGCUGGAUACCAUAAUGUAAAUGUCCGUAAUUUUACAACAUCUUGGAGGGAUGGUCUCGCUUUUAAUGCUAUCAUUCAUAAGCACCGUCCAGAUUUGAUACAAUUUGAAAAGUUGUCGAAAGCUAAUCCCAUUGGAAAUUUGAAUAAUGCAUUUAACAUUGCCGAAGAUCGGUUAGGAUUGACUAAACUUCUUGACGCCGAAGAUGUUUUUGUAGAACAUCCAGAUGAAAAAUCUAUCAUUACCUAUGUAGUAACCUAUUACCAUUACUUCAGCAAGAUGAAACAGGAAACAGUACAAGGUAAACGCAUAGGUAAAGUUGUUGGAAUUGCUAUGGAAAACGAAAAGAUGAUAAAUGAUUAUGAGACCUUCACAAGUGACUUGUUGCAAUGGAUAGAAUCAACGAUUAUUCAACUUGGGGAUAGAGCAUUCGCAAACUCGCUGGUUGGAGUUCAACAACAGUUGUCGCAGUUUGCGAAUUACCGUACAGUAGAGAAACCAACAAAGUUUGUAGAGAAAGGCAACUUAGAAGUUCGCUUAUUUACUCUCCAAUCGAGAAUGAGAGCAAAUAACCAAAAACCCUACACUCCCAAAGAAGGAAAGAUGAUCUCAGAUAUCAAUAAAGCAUGGGAACGACUUGAAAAGGCAGAACAUGAGCGAGAAUUAGCUUUGCGAGAGGAACUAAUCCGCCAAGAGAAGCUUGAGCAGUUGGCAGCUAGGUUUAAUCGAAAAGCUUCCAUGCGCGAAACGUGGCUUUCGGAAAAUCAGAGAUUGGUAAGCCAGGAUAAUUUUGGUCUUGAUUUGGCAGCUGUAGAAGCCGCAGCUAAAAAGCAUGAAGCUAUUGAAACAGAUAUUUUUGCUUAUGAAGAACGUGUUCAAGCUGUUGUUGCAGUUUGUGAUGAACUAGAAGCUGAACGUUAUCAUGAUAUCGAACGGAUUUUGGCACGUAAAGAUAAUGUUCUUCGUUUAUGGAAUUAUCUUCUGGAAUUGCUUGCAGCUCGUCGAGAUCGGUUAAGCACCUCAAUGCAGCUACAACAAAACUUCCAAGAGAUGCUGUACAUUUUAGAUAAUAUGGAAGAAAUUAAACAGCGUCUUCUUACCGAUGAUUAUGGAAAACAUUUAAUGGGAGUCGAAGAUUUAUUGCAAAAACAUUCUCUUGUGGAGGCUGAUAUCAACGUUCUUGGCGAACGAGUUAAGGUAGUGGUUCAGAAUUCACAACAAUUCCUUAGUGAUGACGUCAAUACCUACAAACCUUGCGAUCCGGAAAUUAUCGUUAAUCGAGUUCAACAGUUGGAAGAUGCUUAUGCGGAACUUGUACGGUUAGCAGUUGAGAGACGCAGUCGUCUGGAGGAAAGCCGAAAAUUGUGGCAAUUCUAUUGGGAUACUGCAGAUGAAGAGAAUUGGAUAAAGGAAAAAGAACAAAUCGUUUCCGCCGAUGAAAUUGGUCACGAUCUUACGACAGUUAAUCUAUUAUUAAGCAAACAUAAAGCAUUGGAGUCAGAAAUUCAAUCGCACGACCCGCAGCUACAGAAUGUGGCUCUUGUUGGAGCGGAAUUGAUUUCGAAAGGACAUUUUGGUGCAGAUCGUAUAAAAGAUCGCAUGACAGAAAUUCUUAAAAUGUGGGAUCAUUUACUCGAUUUGACCAAAUAUCGCCGACAGCGCCUGGAGAAUGCAGUUGAAUUCUUCCAACUGUUUGCAGAUGCUGAUGAUAUUGAUAAUUGGAUGCUGGACGCAUUGCGCCUUGUUUCUAGCGAAGAUGUAGGCCGUGAUGAAGCCAAUGUUCAAUCUUUACUUAAAAAACAUAAAGAUGUCGCUGAUGAACUUAAAAAUUACUCUGAAACGAUUGACCAGUUACACAAACAAGCUGAUUCUUUGAAGCUGAACGAUGCAGAGCAUAAAAAAGUUUCUAAUAGAUUGCAAGCCAUCGAUGCUCGUUAUAAGGAACUGAUGGAGUUGUCGAAAUUGCGUAAACAACGGUUACUCGAUGCGUUGAGUUUGUAUAAGCUAAUGUCAGAAGCUGAUGGUGUUGAACAAUGGAUCAGCGAGAAAACCAAAAUGCUUGAUACAAUGUCACCUGGUAAUGAUAUUGAAGACGUUGAAAUUAUGAAACAUCGUUAUGAUGGGUUUGAAAAAGAGAUGAAUACAAAUGCAUCGCGUGUAGCCGUUGUUAACCAAUUAGCUCGGCAACUCCUACAUGUCGAACAUCCAAAUUCGGAGGAAAUCCUUGACAGACAAAAUCGUCUUAACCAAGAGUGGUCCACAUUAUGUGAAAAAGCAGAGGCUAAAAAAGAGGAAUUGAAGUCUGCUCAUGGCGUACAAACAUUCUACAUUGAAUGUCGUGAGACUAUUUCUUGGAUAGAGGAUAAAAAACGAAUAUUAACAGAAACAGAUAGCUUAGAAAUGGAUUUAACUGGUGUAAUGACAUUACAACGUCGAUUAAGUGGCAUGGAACGAGAUUUAGCAGCCAUUCAAGCAAAACUUACAAGCUUGGAGAAAGAAGCGGAUUCAAUUGAAGGGGAGCAUCCUGAAGAAGCAGCGAAGAUUCGUGAAAGGGUUGCUCAAAUUCAACUGAUAUGGGAACAAUUAACCCAUAUGUUAAAGGAACGAGAUUCGAAAUUGGAAGAGGCUGGAGAUUUGCACCGGUUCUUACGAGAUUUGGAUCAUUUCCAAACUUGGCUUACCAAAACGCAAACAGACGUUGCUUCCGAAGAUACUCCUACUUCUCUUCCAGAUGCCGAGAAAUUAUUGAACCAACAUCAAUCAAUCCGUGAAGAAAUAGACAACUAUACGGACGACUAUAAAAAUAUGAUGGAAUAUGGGGAACAGUUAACUUCGGAUCCAACUCAAAAUGAAGACCCUCAAUAUAUGUUCCUGCGUGAACGUCUAAAAGCUUUAAAAGAUGGUUGGGAAGAACUACAUCAAAUGUGGGAAAACCGUCAGGUGUUGUUAUCUCAAAGCCUGGACCAACAACUUUUCAAUCGCGAUGCUCGUCAAGCUGAAGUCUUGUUAAGCCAACAAGAACAUUUCUUAAGCAAGGAUGAUACACCAAUGAAUUUGGAACAAGCUGAGAAUCAAUUGAAACGCCACGAAGCUUUCCUUACAACUAUGGAAGCAAACGAUGAUAAAAUUAAUACAUUAAUCCAAGUAGCGGAAAGUUUAGUAGAAAAGGAACACUUUGACGCUGAUAAGAUUCAUAAACGUGCUAUGAACAUCGCCCAACGGAGGGAAGACAAUACAACAAGAGCUGUGGAGCAACAUAAAAAAUUAAAAAAUCAGGUCAAAUUGCAUGAAUUUUUACAAGAUCUAGAGGAACUUACUGAAUGGGUACAAGAGAAAUAUUUAAUUUCUCAGGAUGAGACUUAUAGAAGUACGAAAACGAUUCAUUCCAAAUGGACAAGACAUCAAGCAUUCGAAGCAGAAAUUGCAGCUAAUAAAGAAAGGUUAUUUGAAGCCGAGAAAAGCGCUCAUAAAUUGAUUGAAGAGAAACCUGAAUUUAAGGAAAUCAUCGAACCGAAACUAAAAGAACUCGCUAAACAAUUUGAAGAUCUAGAAAUUCACACGAAAGAAAAGGGAGCCCUUCUUUUUGAUGCAAAUCGUGAACAAUUGGUUCAACAAACUUGUGAUGAUAUCGACUCUUAUAUUACUGAUUUAGAAAAGCAGAUCAUCAAUACCGAUACAGGCAAUGAUUUAACAUCAGUCAAUAUAUUAAUGCAAAAGCAGCAAGUUAUCCAAACACAAAUGGCAGUGAAGGCUCGUCAAGUUGAAGAAAUCGAUAAACAGUUUGAACAUCUACAGAAAACAGUUCCCACUGAAAAGAUUGAACCAAUUGUUGUCAAGAAAACAACUGUUCUCGAUCGUUUCGAGAAGAUCAAAGCUCCAUUAUUAGAACGGCAAAAACAACUUGAGAAAAAAAAAGAAGCUUUCCAGUUCUGCCGUGAUGUAGAGGAUGAAAAAUUAUGGAUUGAUGAAAAGAUGCCACUAGCUACGUCCACUGACUAUGGAAAUUCUUUAUUCAAUGUAAAUGUUUUGAAGAAAAAGAAUCAAUCUCUGUCGACAGAAAUCGAUAACCAUGAGCCUAGAAUCAUGGCAAUCUGCAAUAAUGGCCGUAAACUCAUUGAUGAAGGUCAUGAGGAAUCUGGACGCUUUGAAAAUCUAAUUAAAGAGUUGACACAAAAGUGGCAAGAAUUGAAGGAUGCCAUAGAUAGUCGCAAAAGACAUCUUGAUCAAUCAGAACGUGUUCAGCAAUAUUUCUUCGAUGCCCAAGAAGCUGAAUCAUGGAUGAGUGAACAGGAGUUGUAUAUGAUGGUGGAAGAUCGUGGAAAAGAUGAAAUCAGUGCGCAAAACUUGAUGAAAAAACACGAAACAUUGGAACAGUCUGUUGAAGAUUACGCUGACGCAAUUCGACAAUUAGGUGAAACUGCACGGCAACUUACCAGUGAUGAAAUCCCUCGAGGGGAUGCAGUGGCGGUGAAGCAAUCACAGCUCGAUAAGCUCUAUGCAGGUUUGAAAGAUCUAGCCGGGGAACGUCGAUCUCGUUUAGAUGAAGCGCUGCAAUUAUUUAUGUUAAAUCGCGAAGUUGAUGAUUUAGAACAGUGGAUUGCAGAAAGAGAGUUAGUUGCAGGAUCUCAUGAGCUUGGUCAAGAUUAUGAUCAUGUUACUUUAUUGUGGGAAAGAUUUAAAGAAUUUGCGCAAGACACAGCUGCUGUGGGUGGAGAACGUGUUGCAAAAGCAAAUGGAAUCGCCGAUGAUCUCAUUCGGGCUGGUCAUUCAGACUCAGCCACAAUAGCUGAGUGGAAAGAUAGUUUGAAUGAAUCGUGGCAAGAUCUUCUUGAGUUAAUUGAAACACGUACACAAAUGUUGGCUGCAUCACGUGAGCUUCACAAAUUUUUCCAUGACUGCAAAGAUGUCCUGGGUCGUAUUAUUGAAAAGCAACAUGGCGUCUCUGAUGAAUUGGGGCGUGAUGCUGGAUCUGUGUCUACGUUGCAACGUAAACAUCACAACUUUUUGCAAGAUUUGCAGACGCUCUAUUCUCAAGUGAAGCAGAUUCAAGAAGAAUCAACUAAACUUCAAGCUUCAUAUGCAGGAGACAAAGCGAGAGAAAUAACAAAUCGUGAGCAAGAAGUGCUUCAAGCUUGGGAAAAUUUGCAAGGAAUGUGUGACGGCAGGAAAAAGAAAUUGGCCGACACUGGUGAUUUGUUCCGGUUUUUCAAUAUGGUCCGAAUAUUAAUGCUAUGGAUGGAAGAUGUUGUUCGACAGAUGAAUACAUCUGAGAAGCCGCGUGAUGUUUCUGGUGUAGAACUGCUCAUGAAUAACCAUCAAAGUUUGAAAGCAGAAAUUGACACAAGAGAAGAUAAUUUUUCUAGUUGUCUUUCUCUCGGCAAGGAACUGCUUGCGAGAAAUCACUAUGCUUCUGCUGACAUCAAGGAUCGGUUGCUCCAGUUGACAAACAGUCGCACCGCUUUGUUGCACCGAUGGGAAGAAAGAUGGGAAAAUCUUCAACUCAUCUUAGAAGUUUAUCAGUUCGCAAGAGAUGCAGCUGUUGCGGAAGCCUGGCUUAUUGCCCAAGAACCAUAUCUUAUGUCGACCGAAUUAGGGCAUACAAUUGACGAAGUGGAAAAUCUAAUAAAAAAGCAUGAAGCAUUUGAAAAGUCAGCGGCAGCUCAAGAAGAACGAUUUAGCGCUUUGGAGCGGUUAACGACGUUUGAGCUCAAGGAAUUAAAGAGACGGCAAGAAGCAGAAGAAGCUGAACGCCAGCGGCUACAAGCUGAGGCCGAUGAGCGAGCUGCUGCUGAAGCAGCGGAGUUGUCAAAAAAACAGGCUGAACAAAUUGCUCGUGAUGCUGCAGAUGCAGCAGGAACCCCACAAAAAGAGCAUGAAACCGGCGUAUUCACAAGCGACCGUGGUAAACGUGAUAUUGUGCAGAAAAGAUAUCCAUCAAGAGCAUAUGAUACUGAUUCAACCCUGACAGGGCAGCAUAUGCCAUCGAUUUCAACUCGCAGUUCACCUACAACACCAACAAGUGGCGGUACAUUACGUAUAGGAAGAAGAUCGCGAUCGAAAAGUCCAUUCCGAAGUUUCCGUUGGAAAAGAAGUUCAACACGUUCUGGUGAUUCUGAUGAUGAAGCAGAACGCACAAGUCCCGGUGGCGAGGACGGAGUUGAAGGAGUUUUAACAAGAAAGCAUGAGUGGGAAACAACAACGAAAAAAGCAUCCAAUCGAUCUUGGGAUAAGGUUUACGUAGUUGCUCGCAGUGGACGUUUAACCUUUUACAAGGAUCAAAAGACAUUUAAAGUUACACCCGAACAAACGUUCCGUGGAGAAAUGCCACUUGAGCUGCAAGGAGCUACAUGUGAUGUUGCGAUGGAUUAUACUAAAAGGAAAUAUAUAUUCAGAGUGAAAAUCGCAAAUGGUGGCGAAUUUCUCCUUCAAGCUCACGAUGAUUCUGAAAUGAAUCAAUGGGUGGCCGCUUUAAAAGCACAGUGCGAAAGAGUGACAAGCGGUGAAGGACGAUCAAUGACUUUGCCAGCAUCAUCGCAGAAAGAUGAACCGAAACGACGAAGCUUCUUUACCUUAAAGAAAAAUUAAUCUAGAGCUAAAACAAGACAUCAAAAUGGAUAGAGAAAAUACAUUAUUUCCUUAGUGAUGAUGACAGCGUCAUGAUACAUUAAAACCAGAGUAGGAAAUAGGGAUGAAGCACCAGUAACUUCGUCAAAUGUAAUUCUGUUUUAUUCGAAAUAAAGCUUCAAAGCAAAUACUACCUAGAACGUAAAGGGUCAGUUGAUGUUAUUGCAGAAGAAACCAAAAUAAAAUGAGAUUUAGGUGAACAUAAGUUUUAAUAAGUUAAAAACUGUACAAAAAAAUAAUUUUGGACAUUUUGCUUCCAUGGCUUUGAGAUUUUUGAAAGAAAAAAUAUAUUUCGCAUUUUGAAUAUGCGUACAGUAAUAUUUUUAUAGAGUUUUUCUUUUUUUAAACUUUCGAUAAUAAAUGGUAGAAUAAGUCUGAAAAAUCAUUGGUUUGAAACGGAUAUCAUAAAUCUACUUUACUUACUUUUUCCAAUUUCUUAGAUCAGAUCUUGUUGAACAUUGUAUUUAUAAACUAUAGUAAAGAACAGCAAUAGACGAAGCCAUAAAACCAUGAGGCAAAAUUGAAAAUGCUCUACAUUUUCAACGAAAAAUUCAACAGUGUGACAAAAUAAUAAUGCUGCCAACAAUCGUGUUUGUUUAUUACUUUUUUAGUGUAGUGCUUCAUUAUUGUAUCUAAUUUAUAAAUUUUACCAAUAAUAUCAAUAAUUUCUGAUUAUCUUGGGAUUUUCUUUUCAUUCGUUUUCUUAUUUUAUUGCAUACAGAAAUUCUAUUUAUAUAUAUAUACAAGCGAUUGUUACUAUAUUUAACAAUAUAUAAAAUAAAAUAAUUCUAAAGUUUGAAAAUGUAUAACUCUUUGAAACGUAAUUCAAACGAAAAUAUUCAUUAAAGUAUAAAUUAUUUUGAAUAGUAACAUGAAAUAUGCAAAAAUUUUAAGGGAAGAGUAUUUCGCAUUAAUUGUCUUUUUAGGAAUAUAGUAAUAAACUUCUUAACAACAAAAGCAGUAGCUGGAAACAUUGAUUACAUCUAUGCUCUUCAAAGGUAUUUAAUUAUUUCUAUCAAAUAUUGUUGAAAAAUAUAUCUAUUUUUUCCCUGCUAUAGUGCACUCAUUUCCGACUUUCUAAUGAUUCGAUAAUAAUAUAAUAGAGGAAAAAUAAACAUGUGAACUGAAAGGAA